AUUUAAAGUUGGAUAAGUUGAUUUAUAGCUGGCAUAUUUAUAUAUAUGCAAAUUCUGCAGUAUCGACAGGUGUAAGAAGUUUAGGGAACAUGAUCCUUUGGUUCUUACAGUCCCAAUAUCUAAUUGACAUUACCAACUUCUCUGUGUUUUCUCCACCGGCGACUUGUCUCGCAGCUGGCUAGUAAAUAAUAAGCAUUGCCUGGAAAAUGUCAUCUUCUCUACACUUGGAGCUCUCUAAUGCCAACAUGGUUCUCUCCAACACCAAUACUAUGUCCAAUGUUGACACCAUGGAGUGCAAAGUAAAUAUGACAUGCAGUAAUUUAGACAAUCCUGCUAAGAUUGGGCCUGAUUCUACUUGUAAGAACCCAUGCAUAAAUUCCAAUAUUUCUAAUUUUAGAAGUGUCAAAAUUGAUCAAAAUUUUGCUUCUAGCAGUAUCAAGCCAAUCAGUUUCUCUAGCAUACUCCUCAAUAAGUCAUCAACUGCCGCCUCACCAGUCCUCAACUCAAAUAGUCAAAAUUCCAUUUUGGUGAAUUCCAAAAGCCAAUCUGUCAAUAAAAUUAUUUCUAAUGGUACUUUAAACUCUGUAAACUUGGAAGAAUUUUCACAAGUACCUCCAUCACCAACUCCUAAGACAAGCAAGAACAGUAUUCAAGGAACAAGAGCUAUCAAGAAGAUUAGAGAGCCAAUUAAGCUUUUUACUGCUGCUGUUGUCAAGACACCAACUCAAACUAUAAAACCAGCUUUGAAAAAUGAUGAAAUUUUAGCUCAACAUAAUCCUGAUGAUGCAAGUCAUGAACAGUCUCCAAAAAUAAAAUUUAUGUCAAAAAGUGUACCUGUGACCAAGAUACAGACUUCCAGCACUCCCACCAAUUUUAAUUUAAAAUCAAUAAGGAUUCAUCUGAACAGAGAAAAUGCUCAAAAUGCAACAAGGCUCAAAUCAAACUCUAAAGAAGCCCCUAGUACUGCUCUGAGAAAUAAUAAUGAAACAUCAACUCUGUCAAGCAACUUGUCUUCAACAGCUUUAUCUCAUGUACCUUCUCUAACUCCUGCCAAUACUUCUAAAAAUGCUUCAGUAGUGCCAUCAUCUACAUUCACUUUGGAGCUGGUGGACAAAAUUAUUUUGCAGUCAUCUCCAUUACAAACUCUUGUCCAACCAGAACAAAAAAUGGCAAUAUCUAAAGAACAGAAGUGCAAAAAAGUUAAACUCAUCAGAUCUUCAAGUUUUGUGCUUUCAAAUGAUAUGCCACCUGCUAAAAGAUUAACAACUUCUCAUAAUGUUGGUGUUAAAAUGGUAAAUGAUUCUUCUAUUUCUAAUUUGAAUCAAGAAAAAACAAUUAAAGCUACAGAAUUUCCCAACAGCAGCUCCAGAGACAAGGAAGUGCGUACAGCAAAGACGGGAGCUACCAAGAAUGAAAUUAUUUUACAGAGAAGCAAUAAAAUUUUGAAAGAACCUGCUUCUGAACAAAAAGAUAAUUCAGUUUUGAAAAAACCUGCAAAUAAUACAUCAGGAGAAAAUGAUCUUCUAAAACCGGCUCUAAUUGUCUCAGAGCAAUUGGUGCAAGUGUCAGGCUCUACAAACAAAGCAGCAGAUAUUAAGUCUAAAAUUCACAAGAAUAAAAGUAAACAAUGCAUUGUAACUUCAACACCAUUUAUUGCAUCUAAUUGUGACCAAAAAGCUACUACAAUAAAUGUUGGUCAAUUUAUUAAUCCUGGAAACUUGAAAUCUACAAUGAAAUGUCACUCUGAACAAAAUGACUCUGUGAGAAUUGAGCAGUUCAGUACAGCCAGUAUCAAAGAUACAUGUGUAACACUGAAAAGAAAGCUUCCAAUUAGUGAAGAUUCAUGCUUGAAAAAUGAAGAAAAAUCUGACUGCAAUGACUCCUUGUACAAUGAAUUUGUGGAUCAAAGUCUACAAGUUUCUGAUGACAAAAUAUUAAUGGAUCAAAACCUUGAAAGUAAUAAUAAAUUUUUCAAAAGGGCUCCUACUUCAGAACAAGAACACCAUGCAACUGGUCAAAAUCAGAACAGAGUUUGUAAAACGUCAUGUACAACAAAUAAUAAUCAAUGCAGUAAAUUGAUUGAAAAUCCCAGUACUACAAAUGAGAUGCAAGCACAAUUAUCCAGCACUAAAGAUCAACUGGAAGAAAAUAGGAUGAAAUAUGACAGCUUCAAAAUUUUACCUGAAAAAGCGCAAGAAUUCUUUAAAAACUACAAAACCGUUGGUGAUCUAGCAAAAAAUAAUAUCAAUGCUGAUUUCAAAGUGUUGACUACUAUAAAACUUAUAGAAGAUGCAAUCAGCUCCAACAUUGCUGAAUGCCAAAAAGUCAAAUCACCAGAAAUAAAAUUAUUGUCAGAUAAUAAAGUGAAAAGUUCAUUGAAGUCCAAAGAAUUUCCACUUCCCAAGUCCUGGAUUUCCCAGCAUUCAAACUCUGUGACUGUCUUCAACUCAACCUCUUCUAAUUGCACAGAUUUUGACUAUAUUUGCUCACCCAAGACACUUUUGGGUUCAUCUGUUGCUGCUUUUGAUGCCUCACUUAAGCAAACUUUACUGGAGCCAUCUGAGGUCACAGACCAUAAGCCAGAAACUGUAACCGAGAAUAAAGAUGAAGUAGACUUUGAGCAACUGCAGACCAGUGAAGCUGUGCAUGGAAAACCAUUAUUACCUGAAGUAGAUGAAGUAAGUAGAUUACCUGAAGUAGACGAUGAAGAAGAAGACUGCAGUGAUGUGCCGCACCAGCCUGUGUUUGAAAAGGAAGAGGAAAUUGCUGCUACCAUCCACAGGAGACGCAGCAACCUCAAACGCAAAUUACCCAAUGAUCAACCUGACGGCUCUCAGGAACUCCUAGCCCCCAACACCAUUCCUGACGGAGUUGCUGAAGGAGGCGGAGGUCCUGCCAAGAAGCCGAGGCGAGGUAUAAAGUUUGAGGGCGUCACCGUGUACUACUUCCCUCGGUCCCAGGGCUUCUCGUGUGUCCCCUCACAGGGCGGGUCUACCCUGGGCAUGGGGCGACGCCACUUUCUCGUCCAGGACUUCUCCAUGAACGAACAUUUGGUUGAACAGCGACGCCUUCAUAAGAUUAACCGUCUACAGAGGAUGGUUCAGGAUGAGCUUUGUAAUGAGCUUCAGAACCACCCCAGCCAACAGCAUACUAGUGUCCCCAUCAGUAGCUGCACUAGUAGCAGCUGUAGUAAUAGUAGUACUAGUAGCACCUGUAGUAGUAAUAAUAGUAUUGCUGGAGCUUCUGAACAAAAUAUGGUUGACAUCAGUGAAGGUGAUACCACAAAUAGCACUACUGCCACCACAGGUGCUACCAAUACUAUUGACACCGUAGAAAACUCUAACACUAUCACCACUAGCACUACCACUACAACGAAAAAUGCUGCCACCAUACCCUCUAGCGCUGCCACUACACCCACAAUCGCUGCCACUACAACCACUAGCACUGCCACUACACCCUCUAUUGAUGACACUACAACCAUUAGCACUGCCACUACACCUAGCGCUGCCACUACAACCACUAGCGCUGCCACUACACACUCUAGCGCUGCCACUACACCCUUUAGCGCUGCCACUACAACCACCAGCACUACCACUACACCCACCAGCGCUGCCACUGCACCCUCUAGCGCUGCCACUACACCCACCAGCACUACCAACUCUACCGCUGCCACCACCACAAAUGGCAGCAGCGAUGACGACACUGAAGAAGAAGAGCUGUCAGACCUGGAGACAGAUCCUGAUAUGUCUUAUCUCAGGCCUCUGGCCAUCCGACAGCGGCGGUCGCUGCUGCGGGACUCCGGCGUGCGGGCCAUCGAGGGCCUCGAGAAGGAAGAAUGUCGGGACAUACGAGCGUCCCGCGAGCAGUGUGGCUGUCAGUGUAAACUAUACUGCUUCCCUGACACCUGUCAGUGUAUCCUGGCUGGCAUCAAGUGUCAGGUUGACCGCCAUAACUUCCCGUGCGGCUGUUCCGUGCGCGGUUGUGGCAACCCACACGGCAGGAUAGAGUUCAACCCCAUCCGGGUCCGGACCCACUUCCUGCACACCCUCAUGAGGUUGGAAAUUGAGAAGCGUCAGGCAGAGCAGCGUGCUGCGCUUGCGCAGCAGCAGCAAAGCAGGUGGUUAUCUUGCCUUGGAGGAGCAGCUGCUGCAAGUGCAGCUGAUGAUGGUGCAGCUGAUGGAGGUGCACCUGAUGGAGGUGCACCUGAUGGAAGUGCAGCUGAUGGAAGUGCAGCUGCUAUCACUAAUGACAUGCGUAAAAUCGCGGACGGGCGACUCGUCAAAGAAGUUGAACCAACUGCAAGCACCCGUAGUGGGGGCGGUGUGGGAAGCUUCCCUUACCAUUACCAAGCCUCCGCCCCAGACCUCCCCAGACAGGCUUGUUGGUUGGAGAGUUCAAGUGCUGCUGCGGGAUCAACGUUUGCAGGUGGAUCUUGCGAUUUCCAGCCGCUAGACACUUUUGGUAGCUCCCCGGGGGCUGUGUGGGGGACCAGUGGGGGAAGCAUGUUUGGGGAGAGUCCAUUCUGCGGCAUGACGCUCCCCCUCAUGACGCCCCCACUUGAUGAUCCAUCCGCCCCCCUGAACCAGUUAGUCCCCCAGCAGCAGUCCCCCCUGAACCAGUUAGUCCCCCAGCAGCGGUUCUAUCCCUCUGCACUUGACAGCAAUUCUGCUGGGAUUGCGUGUGAUCAACACCCGCUGUUGGCACCUGAUCAACACCCGCUGUUGGCACCUGACCAACACCCGCUGUUGGCACCUGAUCAACAUCCGCUGUUGGCACCUGAUCAACACCUGCUGUUGGCAUCAAAUCAACAUCAACUGAUGACUAAUGCAGACUUCAAUGUUGAUUUCUCAUCAAGUUCAAGGCAGCAGAAUUCUUCUUCAGUGACUGAAAUUCCCCACGUCGGCUGCAUGUCUUCCCCAGAAUUUGUUUUGGAUUAUCCUGGAGCAAAAUUUGGUGCUGCAUUCCAUAUGGACAGAUUGUCUGAUGAUAGGCACCAUAUGGACAGAUUGUCUGAUGACAGGCACCAUAUGGACAGAUUGUCUGAUAGGCAUCAUAUAGACAGAUUGUCUGAUGAUAGGCACCAUAUGGACAGAUUGUCUGAUGUUAGACACCACAUGGACAGAUUGUCUGAUGACAGGCACCAUAUGGACAGAUUGUCUGAUGAUAGGGAGAACAGUGCGGGAGUAUCAAUGGGUGACUGUAUAUGCAAAUCAUCCUAUCGUGAUCUAGGUUAUCAUUCAGUGGCUGAUGAGCCCACGGCUUCUGUUGAACCCAUGAAUUCUUUUGACCACAUGACUCCUUUUACCUGCCUCUCGCCCGGUGAACCUUUCGAAGGGUUCCACAAACCUACGAGUAAAAGUUACGAUCUUGAGUUUGGGUUUCCGGAUGGAAGUGGGACUUCAUUAUCAUCAAUGGAGCAUGUGGGUGAAAUGAUUGACAAUGCGGGUGAAAUGAUUAACAGACCAUCUGGACAAACUUUCAACUCUGGUUGCGAUAGCGACAAACAUACAAAAGCUUCUGUCUCUGAAGCACAUUACAAUUUUAAUUUUUCAUCGAGGCUCAAAGAAAAUCAGUCAUUGUUGUGCACAACAGAAAGAGAAAUUCACCCUGAAAGAAAUUUACCAUCUGAGUUUAUAUUGAAUGGAAAUUCUGGGUCAAAAGAAAAAAAUAAAACAAGACAGUCAAACGAAAACUCAACUUGUAUUACUGUAGAAACUCGUAAAUUGUUACCGUCAACUGCAGAAACAACAGUUAACUUACUUGACGAAUUUAAUAAUGGAAAUAAAUUUGUGAUUGAAACUUCAGUUUCAUCAAGCGUUAGUUUGGUUGAUAUGUCUGUCACUUCUGCUACCGUCUCUUCUGUGCCGUCAUCUGUCUCUUCUGUGCCGUCAUCUGUCUCUUCUGUGCCAGCAUCUGUCUCUUCUGUACCGUCAUCUGUCUCUUCUGUACCGUCAUCUGUCUCUUCUGUACCGUCAUCUGUCUCUGUACCGUCAUCUGUCUCUUCUGUGCCAGCAUCUGUCUCUUCUGUGCCGUCAUCUGUCUCUUCUGUGCCGGCAUCUGUCUCUUCUGUGCCGGCAUCUGUCUCUUCUGUGCCGGCAUCUGUCUCUUCUGUGCCGUCAUCUGUCUCUUCUGUGCCGGCAUCGGUCUCUUCUGUGCCGGCAUCUGUCUCUUCUGUGCCGUCAUCUGUCUCUUCUGUGCCGUCAUCUGUCUCUUCCAAAGAAAAUUGCACGGAUUUCGUUGACAAGUCAUUUUGUGAGCCUGUCUCGGCUUGA